UGCUCACCUCAACAAAACACAGGCCACCACCAGCAGCAGCACUAGCACUAGCACUAGCACAAGCACAAGCACAAUGUGUAAUCAUCAAUAAUGAAUACUAUAGCUGAGAGAAAAAGACAGGUAGAGAGAGAAAUUAAAAAGAUACUUGUACAUUAUUUGAUUUUUGGAGCAUUAGGGCUUGCUUCAUGAUAAAGAUGGUUUUGCUCACAUUCUUAAUACACGUACCUCUCACCAUCUAAAUAUUAAUUACAAAAUUGGGGAAGAAACUCAGUUACAGAGAGAGAGAGAAAAAAAGAAAUAGAGAGAUCAUGGGAAGGGGAAGAGUGGAAUUGAAGAGAAUUGAGAACAAGAUCAACAGACAAGUUACCUUUGCAAAACGAAGGAACGGUCUUUUGAAGAAAGCUUAUGAACUUUCUGUUCUUUGCGAUGCUGAGGUUGCUCUCAUCGUCUUCUCCAAUCGUGGAAAGCUCUACGAAUUCUGCAGCACUUCAAGCAUGCUGAAAACGCUUGAGAGGUAUCAAAAAUGCAACUACGGAGCACCUGAGGCUAAUGUGGCAACAAAGGAAGCCUUGGUAUUGGAAUUAAGCAGUCAACAGGAAUACUUGAAGCUGAAGGCACGUUAUGAAGCUCUACAACGCUCUCAGAGGAACCUUAUGGGAGAAGAUCUUGGCCCUUUAAGCAGCAAAGACCUUGAAACACUUGAAAGGCAACUAGAUUCUUCCUUGAAGCAAAUCAGAUCGACAAGGACCCAAUUCAUGCUGGAUCAGCUUGGUGAUCUUCAACGUAAGGAACACUUGCUAUGUGAGGCAAACAGAGCUCUUAGACAAAGGAUGGAAGGGUAUCAAAUAAGUUCCCUCCAAUUGAAUCUGAGUGCUGAAGAUAUGGGAUAUGACCGUCAUCCAGGUCAAACCCAUGGUGAUGCUCUAUUUCAACAACUUGAGUGUGAACCAACGUUACAAAUUGGAUAUCAGAAUGAUCCAGGAUCAGUGGUGACAGCUGGCCCAAGCAUGAAUAACUACAUGGGUGGAUGGUUACCAUGAUAGAGCUAUAUAUAGAAAGAGAGGGUAUGAAGCAUGCAUAAAGAUCCUGCGGUUUCAAUUUUAUUUCAAAUGAAAGGGAAAUUUGUAAUAGUAGUAUAUAUGUAAUGUAAUGUAAUGGACUUGUAUCAAUAUUGUCUACUUACCAUGUAGUAUAUAUAUAGUAAGCAGUGUUCUGUGUGAGUUUUCAAUUCAUAAAAUGUUCCCCUGUCUUUCUUCCAUCACUUUUUAUCUCAUUCUAUAAUAAUAAAAACAUUAAUUGUUUGCAUACA